CUUUUCCCGCCUUCUUCCGAGCCCCGCGGCGGCAGCCGAGCGGGGCCGUGCGGUGAGGCGCGUGCCCCCGCCCCCGCUCCCGCUGCUCCCGGGGCCCGUUGGGCGCAGCCGCGGGGCGCGGCGCUGGGGCCGCGCGCACCGGCGGUUUCCCGGCGUGCACCGCGCGGGGGCCGGGCCGGGGCCGGGGCUGGAGGCGGCGGCGUCCCAAGCUGAAACGUUAGCGUCAUCAUGAUUCUGCAUCAGAUCCUGCGCCUUUCUUCCAUUUUCCGCUCUGCCGUUUCCCUUCACUUGCGCAGGAACAUCGGCCUUUCUGCUGUUGUCUUUAACAAGACGAAAGAGCUCGAUCCAGUUCAGAAGCUCUUUGUGGACAAGCUCAGAGAGUACAACACAAAGAGCAAGCAAGCUGGAGGGCCUGUUGAUACAGGUCCUGAAUUUCAGAAAGACAUGACUGAAGCUCUUGCUAGACUUCAGCGGGCCUAUGGUGAAGGAGAUCUAACCAAGUUUCCAGAAUUUAAAUUUCAGGAGCCCAACUUUGAGGAUGCUCCAAAGUGAUCUCUGGAGGUUGUACACCAAAGAGCAGUGUACACCAAUGGAGCUGCUGGAUGUGGCAGCAGUUGUAACUUAAUAAAUGCAGUUUCUGUUUGA